GGAAGGCCGAAUAUGGGUGUACAGUACAUAGACUUCAGUCGUCGCAACAAAUAUCUUGGCCAAAUCAACUAAAAUGUUUGAUAAACUCAUAACUUUGACGCUCGUGGUAUUAUCUAUGAGAUCUGUCAAGGCCCAAAGUUGUCUGGAAACGCCAUGUUACAAUGGAGGUGAGUGUGUUGACGCGAUGUGCGUGUGUCCAUUAGGAUUCCACAAACCAUUAUGUCAAGAGUGUUCUUCAAUCACAAACUGUGACGUUAGAAAUUGCACUAACGAAAGAGACCAAGUGUGUUUAAAAUGUGAAGGAGAUUACGGGCGCGAUGGUGCUGCUUAUUUACCGAGUCCAGAUGCCACUGUAUGCAUUGAGCAAUGUUCCUGGAGAGAUGGGAAGGCUUGUUUUCCUGGGACAUGUGAUGAGGAUGGUUCAUGUUCUUGCCAUGAUGGAUUCAGAGGUAAUACCUGUCUAGAAACCUACUUGCAACCAGACCUAUACAAUUUUGUAGGUUUUCUGACGGAUGGGCAACGUAACAUUACAACUUCAAGCGACGCACAACACAUAACCUUCACUAAUGAGCAUUUCCCGAAACAGUUCACCGUCUCUUGGACAAGCGAGUUUCAUAGACCAACUGUAGAUUUACCUCCCUAUGUUCUGCGAUGGUAUUUUGGAAUUGCAAGUGUUGAAGCACAAAUUGUUCUUGGAUCAGGUGGCUCAAUAACUGAACAAGUGGCUCAGCCUACCUGUAGCUCACGUGUCUCCAGAGAUUUCCCAGUGCGUCGGCAUGAAUGUGAAGAAACUGUUCACCUCUCCUUAGAAGAUCAUCAAAUUAAAACUGGUGAUAUAAUCAGAGCAACAGUUCGAAUAAGCACGGGUGGUAACCGCGUGAUCAUCAAUCGUGAUGCUGAAGACGAGUCACGCGAAACCUAUAGAACUGACUAUUUUCAAAAUAGAGGAGGGCGUACUGUUGAUUAUUUGACGUUUACUUUUGACCUUGAUGAUCCAUAUCAUUGCAUAACGUCAUACGAAUGUCAGAGUACAAUGCUACAUCUGGAAAGCGAUGUCACAACUGAGAACUAUAUAUUGGUACGGUGGUCAGACUGGGUUGAUAGUGUCUCUGGUAUUGGUGAAUUCACGUUAAAACUUUACAGAAUUGAAAUACAAGGAAGUACAUUGAAAGAAGUGAAAGAAGAGAGUGAAUUAAAAUUUACAGACCAGAGUGAAAUGCAAGUAGAUCUACUCUUGCCUGAUCCAGGACUUUAUUCGCUUAUUUUGGAAGUAAGAGACAGAGCUAUGAAUACAAAAUUAGCAAGAAGGUUCGUACUGUUUGACAAUGUCAACCCUCCACAACUCAGGUUUGAGAACCCAAUAGUUGUUCGUUCAGCAAGUGGCGAAGAAAUUAAUUGGUUAACGUCCAUUGAAAACGUAAAACUUCUACUAGACUGGGGUAGUCGGUUUUGGAGCAGGUUCGUGCAUGAGAACUCUCUUCUAAAUGAAAUUGAUGAAUACGUUGGAGUUAAUGUCGAAUACGACCAAUUUAAUGGAACCAGAGGACGUCCGUCUGUCAAUAAUAAUAUGGGGAUUAUUCGAUUUGGAAUAAUCUCAACAAUUAUAAGAGGAGAUAGCAUUAUCAACCGACAAUACCUCAACGUUCACCUAAACAUAACACAUGAGUUUACCUACAAUGCUGAUGAAAUUCAAAAUGGAGAUGAACUCGUGUUCUUGGUGAUAGCUUGGGAUAUAUUCAAUAGAUCGGUUGAGGAUAGUAAGUCAAUCAAAGUUGAAUCUACACCGCCAGAGAUAAUUAAUUCGUCAGUAAUUCAAAAUGGUAGAUCAUUAAAUCCAACUGGAAAUGUUGAAGUUAAUUCGCAAGAUUUAUUGAGCGUUAAAGUUGAAGUAGAAGAGCAUGACAGUAGAUUAACACAAAUAGCAUGGAAAGUUACCACACAGCAUGUACUUUCAACGGAUCCAAUCGAGAUUGACAAAAAAACAAUAACUGUAGAAGAGUACUGUGCAGUGGAGUCGAUACUUUGUGAUGUUAAAAACGGAACUUACAAUUCAUUAAUCUAUAACCUACAAUUAGAUUUUAGUCAAGUUCAGUCCCAAGAUGGCCAGCAGUAUUCGGUUGAAAUUAAAUUUUCGAAUGAGGCUCAACUGUUUAACAAAGCGCAAUUCCAUUUUCUGGUAACAUCAUCUCCAAUAUAUUUGCCAACGGUGAAAACAGAUUCAACACCAACAUCAUCUCCAAUAUAUUUGCCAACGGUAAAAACAGAUUCAACACCAAUGAUGUCGGAAACUGUUAAAUCAUCAAAAACAACAGAUGAUGUUGCUAUUAAUUCGAAUCAAAGUUCGUCAACCAACGCUAUCGGUGGAGGUAUUGGUGGAGCGUUAUUGAUAAUUAUUAUCGUUCUGAUAGUUCUUCUUGUUGUUCGUAGACAACGGAAAAAACGGAAUAACGACGAAUUUGAUAAUAUAUACAGUAUGCCCGACACACUUGUUGUCCAAAUGAACAAUAAUAUGAGUGCAGGCGCAUGUGCAACAAAUGAGAAGAACACGAAUGUUAUCUACGACAACCAUAUUCAACGAGUCCGUAUAAAUUCAUAUGACAACAGAUUGGCUUUUACAAACAUAUACACUUGCGUCAAAGAACCACAGAAGGCCGCUGCUACUAAUACUGUAGAUGACUAUGAAGAACCAAUGGAUGAUACGAUUGAAUUUCCGCGAGAGAAUCUAGAAAUUGGAGAUCAAAUUGGAGAAGGUGCAUUUGGAAAUGUGAUGAGAGCACGCGCAUUUGGCAUUAAAGAACAAAAGAAAUGGACAGUAGUAGCUGUUAAGAAUCUUAAGGAUGUAAAUAAGAAGCCCGAGUUUACACGUGAACUACAGAUGUUGCGAAAGCUUUCCCCUCAUCCAAACCUUGUUACCCUGUUGGGUAUAUGUAGCCACGAAGAUCCAUUUUACUUGAUCUUUGAAUACGCCAGUCACGGUGAUUUGAAGAAUUUUCUUCAGACGCAACAAUCCAUCAUUAGAAAGAAAAUGUCGUUACCUGAAUUGACACCACGUGAUCUGAUCAUGUUUGCUAAUGAUAUUGCCAAGGGAAUGGCGUUUCUUGCCUCAAAGAAGGUGGUACACCGAGAUUUGGCUGCUCGAAACGUUCUUGUCGGAGAAGACGUUCAUGGAAAGAAAAGUUGUAAGAUAUCAGACUUUGGACUUUCACGUGAGAUUCUGACAAAGUCUCAACAUCGGCAGUCUAUUCACACGGAGGGUUUGCCGGUUCGAUGGAUGGCCUACGAGUCAUUAUUUGAAGGUGUAUACACAAGCAUGAGUGACGUCUGGUCUUUUGGAGUUGUUAUCUGGGAAAUAGUCACUUUAGGAGCAAGACCAUAUUCCGAAAUGACUUCUCGACAAGUAUUGACCAACUUACAAGCCGGAAACAGGCUAGAAAAACCAAGCCAUUGUAGUGAUUACCUAUACAAAGUAAUGCUAGACUGCUGGAAUGAACAUCCAAGAAAACGACCAACAUUUCAUGUGCUCGUUGAAAAACUUGACCCUGUCUUGGAAUCAAUUGUGCUGCAGUUUGAUAUCUUUGACAGUCGUCGUUAUAGCUGUUAUAAUGACAACUUAAAUGAGUCCUCAAGCAUCUCAGCCAAACCAAGAGAAGGAUAUGAAGACAUGAACUGCUGAUUUUUUUUCACCUCAUCAAUUUCUGCCAAGCUCCACCCCUUUGAUAUUGUUGCUAAGGUCCCACAAAACGAAAGUGUAAAACGUCAUAAACACGUGCGUUUGUAGAACGAGCGUGUAUCAGACAAUGUUCUGAUUUAUCAGUUUGAUUGGCAUGCCGAAACGGUUCAUUGUUUACUCAACGUCGUGCAUUUUUAAGACUGGUAGUCUGUUUAUGGGCCACCAUUGGACGCGGUACCGGAAAUACUUUCAUAAAUUGUUGUACCUAUUAUAUUGCAUAACCUAAAAAUAGCUAAAAUACAAAUCAGGAACAACAGACAAAAAAUGACAAAUGCAAAAAAGCUGGCAGCAGACACGUCCCAUUUGUUUACCAGCCCCGUGUUUAAACAAAAUUAAUUGCGAUAUAGUGUGGUAUAAGUGUUAUCCCAAAAUAAUAUAUACAUGAAAAUAUAUAAUCUAUAAUAAUAUUACGGAUUGUAUGUUUCAUAUCAAUAUAUUAUGUCAAAAUAAAUAAUAAAUUUUAUUUUAUUCACUAUCAUGUAUAUUCCUCUAUAGGACCCAAGUGGACAUACAGAUCAAUCAUAUUCCGCGUCCCGUUCAGUGCGUUUUAUUUUUGUUACCGUGUCUCUCUUAUGUACAUUAGCAAAAUUAGAGCCUUUAUCGUUUCAUCCUAAUUUUCAAUGUUAUUUGAUUUUCAUUUUAACUAAUAUCAAUAGCAUAAUAUACCUAAUAUACCAGUGUUUACACAUAGCCUAUACCCAUUUUUUAAAUAAGUAUUCAUUUAAACAAUAAGGAUAAUAUAUAAUAUAACAUUAUAUAAUUACAUUUAAUAAUUAUUAUUUUAACUGUAAAAAAAUUAAUUCAUAAUUCGAGAGUAUGGUUUAUUCUAAUAAUCAUAUUUUUCUUACUUUUAUUUUUAUACUAAAUUACAUAUUGUAUAUGACUGUAUGUUUUCAGAUUUCGCAUUUUCGGCAUUUAAGUGAACUGUGAUAUUCAUGUUUGUUGAUACAUUAAUAUCGUAGUUAUUUCUGAUGUAUCAUUAUCAUUUCACUGUUUUUGAUUUAAUGUAACAAGAAGCCGCCCUCUGUUUUUGUCUAUUCUUUGUAUAAUUUUUAUCUGUAACUGCGGAUGGAUGCAUUCUUUCUACAUUAUUACAUUUUAUAUGCUUAUUUUUCGUAUUUUUACGAAAACACAAUAUUAAUAAAGAACGGACCUUUGGGAUUUCCCAAAACAGGGAAUUGUCCAUGGUUUAAAUUUGAACAAAGUUAUUCUGUUAUUACAACUCUAAUCUGAGCUUAUAGGUUGAUUGCUGCAAUACCUUUCUUGAUUUUCAGAGUGAUAAAUCUGAUACAGCAAGAUGUCUAUAUUCUUCAAAUUAUUGGGGUAGUUUAGUUACAACAUGGUUAUUCGCCAGUUUCCAUAAUGCGUUGGAUUAUGCCUUAUUUUAACAUUUAUUCCUAAAUUCGAGUUUUAUUAUUGUUAUCUGUCUGAUACAAAGCAUGUUUUUCGUUGAGCAGGUUCUCAAAUCAGUUUAUAUAGGGCUGGAUUUAUUCUUUAAGUCUCUAGGUAGAGAUUUGGGGCUUAUGAAUCAAUCCUUCGGUUUCCUGGUUUCAAUAUUCUUAAAUUGAAAAAGUUACUACAUCCGUAUAAAACCAAUAUAUUACAUGGAUGUGAUGUUUUGCCCUACAAAACUCGCAUCCAAAUAACAAAUAUUACUCAAUUAAGGUUGUAUAGUAUUUUUAAAUUGUACAUAAUUUUUUCUGCCAAUAAUAAGUUAAAGGUGGUAGUGACAAUUAAAGAAAGUGAAAAUAAUAUCUAUUUUUAUAAAUAUUUUUGUAACAUAUCAAAGAAAUAGCUAUUAUAUUUCAGUAUAGUAAUUAGAAAGUGAUAAUUAAAUACCCCAGCAAACACAAAAAGUUCAUAGUAUAUUGAACGUUUUGUUGUUUGGUUGUGUCAAAAAAUAACGUCAACACAACUUUUCAGCAACGUUUACAGUUACAGUAGCAGAUUCAAGGUAGGGAGAAGGAGCCGACCAGCCCACCUCUUUCCUAACUUUUUUUUUCAAAAUCAUAAGAGAAAAAGAAAGUUAUAUUCAAAUCUCAAACUAAAAGUGCCAUUUCCGACCAUCUAUAAAGGCAAUGUUGUUAAACUUUCAUUUAUUAAUGAAACAAAAUAAUAAUAAUUAUGGUCGACUUAUAGAGCGCAUAUCAUAGAGACCUCUGUGCGCUUAACAUAAAUAAGAAUACAAAUAUGAUGAUACUUAAAUAAUCCUAAGCCUACUCCUUAAACUAAGCAUGGUUUUGCCGUUGGCUCCGAGGAGCUCAUCCGCCCUUUGCCUGGACGGUUCGACCACAAUCUUUUUUUUUUCCAGAUGAAUUUUUCCGAUGAUCUACAAAGGUCAUGAUCAAUAGUGUCUUACCUCAGUUCCUACCAUGGGGCUGAGGUGGUCUACACCCUCAAUUCGUCUAAGUUCCUCUCUGGGUCCCUUAUAUUUUAAAUUCUUGGAUCCGCCACUGGUUUACAGCAUUAUUUAGUUAGAAUACGUAUUGUUGACGUUAAAAAUACAUAAUUUAGGUUAUAAACAAUCUUGUAACUUAAUUAACAAAAUAAAAUUAUUAGUUGGAGUAGUUGAAAACAAACAAUUGUUGAAUGUAUUACGUUUAAUAUAAAGUAGCUAACAAUGAAAUAUUAAAAUAUAUGUACAACAUUAUUCAUUAAGGAAUGUUACUAACAUUGCAUCAUUAAUUCAUAGUAAACAUCCAUUGUUUGAUUCCAUAUUACGUCAAUUUCAGUUACUGACCUAGCGUUGUUUUUAAAGUGUACGUACCGCUGGUGCAACGGUGUACGUCCAGGCCAUAUAUAUGCCUAUUGUUAAACACUAUGUGAUAUCAAUAAAGAAAGAAUAAAUAUUGAA